UAACUGUGACAUUCCGCAAGAUCUUUUUGUUAUAAUUUACCCCAUCACAACUAAAUGUUAGACUUUUCGUCUGCAUAUGGGCAUCUAUUUUUACGGUGACACCAGAAGGGCUUUGGAUGCGAGUUCUCUGUGUCCUAUAGGUGACACCAGAAGGGCUUUGGAUGCGAGUUCUCUGUGUCCUAUAGGUGACACCAGAAGGGCUUUGGAUGCGAGUUCUCUGUGUGCUGCUGUGGUGGGUAGGCCUUGCAGUGGCACUACGCCAGCAGCAGGACACCGUAGCUCAGCAUGCUAUUAAGCUGUACCGCGGCCGUGGAGCUGGGGCAUCGUUUGGGCACCGAUGGGUGCGGGAGAACUGCCAGAUGCUGGCAGGGCUGCUGCGGCAGAAAAACGCCGCCAUCAGGAAGCUGUCAUUAGCUGCCGUGGCGGCGCUGCGUGACCCUACGCUUUCGGAUUCCGAGCGGUUGUACCAGGUGCAUACGCUGGAGGUGUUCCAGCGAGAGCUGAAUGAGAGCGAACACUCGGUCUUCCAGGCCGCACUGGGACUGCAGAGAGUACUCCACGGCGAUUACAGGGAUGUAGUCAGCAUGAAACACAGCAGCAGGCAAAGGCUGGAAGCACUCAGGGAGGCUGCGAUUAAGGAGGAGAGAGAGUAUUUGGACCUGUUAGCUGCGGAGAAGCACCAGCAGGAAGCCUUGAAAAGUGCCAAGGAUCAGAACCGGACACUCUCGAUUCUGGAGGGGAUUCUGGAGGAUGUGAGAAAAGCUGCUGACCGGCUAGAGGAAGACAUCGAGGAACAUGCCUUCGACUACAAGAAAGAGGGGAUGAAUGUUGAAGCAGUGCUGAGGGUGGAGGAUGAUGAGGAGAAACCGAAGAGCAAGAACAUCUCUCACAGGAAGCUGUCUGAGGGUGAGGGGAGCCUGGGGCUCAGCAUGCUCAUCGACUCCCAGAACAACCAGUACGUCCUGACCAAACCCAGGGACUCCACCAUGUCCCGUGCUGAUCACCAUUUCAUUAAGGAUAUAAUAUUAAUAGUGAUGCUCUCUUUACCCUGCGGUUGGCUGUGUAUCCAGCUGGGCCUGCCUCCCAUGUUUGGCUAUAUAAUCUGUGGGGUUUUGCUCGGGCCAUCGGGGAUGAACAGUAUCAAGUCUAUGGUUCAGGUGGAGAGUAUUGGGGAGUUUGGUGUGCUAUUCACACUUUUUGUGGUGGGCCUAGAGUUCUCACCAGAGCAACUUCACAAGGUUUGGAGGAUAUCUGUGCAGGGCACCUCCUGCCUAACGCUGCUGAUGGUGGGAGCAGGGCUGGUAUGGGGGCAGCUACUGAGGCUUAAUGUCUCACAAACUGUGUUUGUGUCCAGUUGUCUGUCUUUGUCUAGCACCCCACUGGUGUCUAAGUUCCUCUCUGGCGCUUCACGUGCGGAAAAAGAGGAGGCAGGCAAUGAGAGGAAGAGGAGAGAGAGAGAGAGAGAUGAACACUGUGCGUGUGUGUGUCAAAGAAUGAUCCACUCACUGCCCCUUAUCUUGUAUGAGAAGAAAGGUGAGCUGGAGCCCAGCAGUGUGUUACUGGGCAUGCUGGUGAUGCAGGAUGUCCAGUUGGGUCUGUUCAUUGCCAUUAUGCCGACCCUCAUUCAGGCAGGGGAUGGACAAGCAGACAGCUCUGUAUCAGGUGUGGUCCACGUGCUGUGGCUGCUGGUCCAGGUGCUGGUCUGCCUGGCAGGAGUACUCUUGCUAUGUUUUUUCUUGCGGUCAUUCCUGAUUGGCCCCUUCUACAGGAAGCUCCAUGCCGAAUGUCGGGGCAGCAAGGAGAUCAUGGUCCUGGGGACAACGGCCUUCAUGUUCCUGAUGCUAAUGGUGACUGAGUUCCUGUAUUUGUCCAUGGAGCUUGGCUGCUUCCUGGCGGGGGCGCUCGUUUCCUCACAGGGCCACAUGGUCACUUCGGAGGUGAUGCGCUGUGUGGAGCCAAUCAGAGACUUUUUGGCUAUAAUAUUUUUUGCUUCCAUUGGCCUCCAUGUGUUUCCUACCUUUGUGCUGUAUGAGCUGACCAUCCUGCUGGUGUUAACUCUGUCACUGGUCAUUUUAAAGGCGAUGCCCUACAGUACACACAGUGUGAUGCACGUGGUGGGACUGACGCACAGUGACCAUCACAAUCAUAAAGUGUCUGACAACAUGGAAGGAAUCCCUACAGAAAUAGACCAGGCUGGAAAAAAAGAUGACAAAAUUAAGACCCAGUUUCUCAUGGCGGUGGUUGUUCUGUCCACCCUGUUGCCGCGCGGCUCUCGUCACAUCUGCUGGCUGGUCUCAGCGGGCCUGGCACAGGUCAGCGAGUUCUCUUUCGUGCUCGGCAGCCAAGCCCGUCGCACAGGAAUCAUUUCACGAGAGGUCUACCUGCUGGUCCUUAGCGUGACCACUCUGAGCCUCCUGUUGGCCCCAGUGCUGUGGUGGGCCGCCAGGCUUCGCUUCAUACCUCACAUGGACCGCAAGAUGGUCACCUGAACUUCUGCUCUACUGGUCAGAAGUGGCCAGUGCAGUGGCAGUUGGGAAGAUGGGUCCAUCCUUAUUAAGACAGUAAGGAUCGGGAAUGCCAGACAGUGAAGAUUGGGAAUGCCAGAGAGUAGAGAUUGGGAAUGCCAUGAUCUGCAAGUAAGGGUAAAACUGGAGAUGCUCCCUGCCCUUCAGGUACAGAGAAGGUCACUGCCUGGACAAAUCUGGCUCUGUCAAGUCAAAAGGAGUAAAAUGGGUAAAAUAUGUUAUUUUUAUUAUUAUUAUUAUUAUUAUUAUUAUUAUUAUAUUUAAUUUGGUCAAUGCUGUGUUUCAGCAGUUGUUCACAGAAGUAUGUGAUUUAUUUUCAAAAAAAAGAUGUUUAAGAUAAUUUUUCAAGACAUAAUGGUUAAAUUUUUUGGAAAUAAAGGCCCCGGUCAUUAGAACUGUUAUUAAGUUGUAUGUUAGCAUAACUUGUAUGUUAGCAUAUUAUUUAUAGCCGUGAAUAGUUAUAGCUUUGCCAGUAUCCAUAGUCAUACACGUACAGCUGCUGCUCACUGUAAAGUUUGUGAACCCCUGAGAAGUACCUCCAAAUGUAUGUAAAUAUGAAAUAAAAUGGGAAUCUAACUGGGAAUCAGAUUAAAAAGGCCAGUGACAUAUAUUCAUA